AUGAGGCAGUUGAUAGCAAUCGUAACGAUCGUGUCUACGGUGGGAGGAUGUUUGGCAGGGCAGGAUUUCCUCUCGAAAUCGUUGAACGAGUGCAUAGCAGCCGAGUCUUGGCUGUCCUGCCUUAAGCAAGAGGUGCUCGGAUAUUUGGACGGGAAGCUUGGAACGAGCACCGAGGCGAGAUCCUUGGACACAGUUGACGAGGCUAUCGUCGCCAGGACGUUCAAGUAUCUGAAGAGUUUCGACUACGGGUUAGAUCUGCCUUUCGUGGACGCGAGCCUCAAGUACAGGCCGAGCAGGAGUUUGGCGGAUCUGGAUAUCGAGUUCAAUGGGAACGAGGUGGCUACCAGCCAGGCAAGAGGGAUGUUGAAGAAGAAACUGUUGCUGCCCUUCCUGCUCCUCUUGAAAUUGAAACUGAAGGCCCUUAUGCCGAUCCUCGUCGCCGUGGUUGGGUUGAAGGCGUUGAAGGCUCUGAUCCUCUCGAAACUCGCCGUCCUCCUCGUUGUUGGAUUCAUCGCUGUUCAAUUGUUCAAGAAGGGUGGAAUGAUGAUGCCAAUGGGAAUGUCGAUGGAACCGGCUACACCGGCGUACGGAGCUCCACCUAUGCCCUCGACCACGUCGAGCUACGAUCCGGCGAACACGUGGGACGGAAACGGUCCUUAUUCCCGCGUAUGGACGCCGACCAACGGUGUGGAAGCGCAGAACCUAGCCUACUCUUACUACUCUCCGAGCAGCGGCUCCAACACUUAUACCGGCUCCUCGUCCUCCUCGUCCUCCUCGUCGUCGGUCAAUUCAGCCAGCUCGACGAACUAUUAGACGAUUAUACGGAUGGUCGACUCGUUUCCCCCCUCCCUUUUUUAACCCUCAUUUUUAACGACGGAUCGAUCGCACGAUCGAGAGACCAAAGAGACAUACGCACGCCAAAUAAUCGCCUGAACGAUUGGACGAUCGUCGAUCGGCCGAUCGAACACUGUCGAUCAUUCUUGAUCACUUGGUCCUGAAGUAUUCUCGUCGAAGCGAGAACUUAGUUAUUAAUUAACGAGUUCUGUAAAUUUUUUUCAGAAUCAUUGAAUUGUUGAGAAAGAUCGAUGAGAGAAUGGAACAAUUUUAAGAUUGUUCAGCGUUAUAAAUAAAUUAGGAAUUGGACGAACGGUUUGCAACAUGGAAUCGACAGGAGACGACAGAGCCGUCCGGGCGACGAGGAGAAUUCGAAUCUCGCGGCUGGAUGGAAUAUAUCUCUUUUCUUCUUUUUGUAAUAAACUCCGGAACG